AUGUCUUCCACAGGCUCCGACGCCAAAAUCUCCGGCACCAAGAUCGAACCCCUCGACUCCACCGACACCAAGCAAAACCAGCAGCGCGACAUGGGCGGCCAAGGCGUCGCCGGGUCGGACAAGAACAUCGACCAAGCGCGCAUUGGACCCGUGGGCGGGAAAGGCGUAGGACAAAACCCAGCACCCCACGACGACGUCCAAGGCGUCGUCGGCCGCGACGCGAACGUGGAAAAGGUGAAGAUUGACCCGUUGGUGAGUCAGGCGGAGCAGAGCACAGAGCAGCCGGCGCCGGGGCUGAAUGAUGAGAAUGUGAGCGCGGCGAGAGUGGCGCCGUUGGGAGAGGUGAGGGAGGAUAUGCCGCAGAAUCAGUAA